AGCCCCACCCCCCCCCCCCCCCCCCCCCCCCCCCCCACCCCCCCCCCCCCCCACCCCCCCCCCCCCCCACCCCCCCCCCCCCCCACCCCCCCCCCCCCCCACCCCCCCCCCCCCCCACCCCCCCCCCCCCCCACCCCCCCCCCCCCCCACCCCCCCCCCCCCCCACCCCCCCCCCCCCCCACCCCCCCCCCCCCCCACCCCCCCCCCCCCCCACCCCCCCCCCCCCCCACCCCCCCCCCCCCCCACCCCCCCCCCCCCCCACCCCCCCCCCCCCCCACCCCCCCCCCCCCCCACCCCCCCCCCCCCCCACCCCCCCCCCCCCCCACCCCCCCCCCCCCCCACCCCCCCCCCCCCCCACCCCCCCCCCCCCCCACCCCCCCCCCCCCCCACCCCCCCCCCCCCCCACCCCCCCCCCCCCCCACCCCCCCCCCCCCCCACCCCCCCCCCCCCCCACCCCCCCCCCCCCCCACCCCCCCCCCCCCCCACCCCCCCCCCCCCCCACCCCCCCCCCCCCCCACCCCCCCCCCCCCCCACCCCCCCCCCCCCCCACCCCCCCCCCCCCCCACCCCCCCCCCCCCCCACCCCCCCCCCCCCCCACCCCCCCCCCCCCCCACCCCCCCCCCCCCCCACCCCCCCCCCCCCCCACCCCCCCCCCCCCCCACCCCCCCCCCCCCCCACCCCCCCCCCCCCCCACCCCCCCCCCCCCCCACCCCCCCCCCCCCCCACCCCCCCCCCCCCCCACCCCCCCCCCCCCCCACCCCCCCCCCCCCCCACCCCCCCCCCCCCCCACCCCCCCCCCCCCCCACCCCCCCCCCCCCCCACCCCCCCCCCCCCCCACCCCCCCCCCCCCCCACCCCCCCCCCCCCCCACCCCCCCCCCCCCCCACCCCCCCCCCCCCCCACCCCCCCCCCCCCCCACCCCCCCCCCCCCCCACCCCCCCCCCCCCCCACCCCCCCCCCCCCCCACCCCCCCCCCCCCCCACCCCCCCCCCCCCCCACCCCCCCCCCCCCCCACCCCCCCCCCCCCCCACCCCCCCCCCCCCCC